AAAACAAAUAAAGUAAAGCCAGUAAAGGUUACAAGUACAAGCAACAAAAGAAUGAUCAAAUCUUCGUGCGCAAAAGUUGAAGUCAGAGGUAACGAGACAAAACAAGUUAUGAAAAUGUCUAAAGGAGCUAUUCAGUGUACCAAGCCUGGCAACCUUCAAUCAAGGGGGGAUAAUAAUCUGGACGAAGUGGCGGAGAUUUUAAGGAGUAGCUUUCUAAACAUGCAGAGUGACAGAACUACGCCGCUGAACUGUCAUGAAGAUUUAGAGAAAAACCUUGAUGACCCCGAUUUGAUUGAUCUGGACAUCCUGGAAAAGCUGACCAUUGACCCUUGCCUGUUUGUGGGUCAAGGAUCAGGUCACAGUGGUUCACGCAGUGAGAAGAAGGUGGAAAAGAGUUUGAAGGUGUUUAAUAAGAAUGCUCUGUCCGUGGAGCAGGUUAAAGAAAAUGGGGCCGAUGAUGAUCAAGAAGAACGUUACUCGUCUGAUGACAUACUGACAGACAUUCACGCUGUCAUCACUGCUGACACAACCAAUGGAAAGUCUGAAGACAGUGCCGACGGUGCUUCUGUUUCUGCUUCAGCAUCAGCAAACAUUUUGAACAGCUUUGCCAAAUCUCUCCACACUAACAGUGGUGCCAGAGGUGGGAAUGCUCAUGCUGCGAAUGGCCACGCUACCAAUGGUCAUGUUAGUCCCAAGGACUCAGUUUUCUGGCAAACCAGAGCUGCUCUAGAGCAGAACCAGGACCUGACCGGUGAGCUUUUUGACUUCAGAGAGCUGGAGGAAAACAGCUUAAAGCUUUCACCUUCCAGAGAUGACUUGGUUGAUACUCCAUCUGUGCAGUCAUCAGAAAUGACUUUGGACUUGGAGAAUGGCGAUGAAAACCAAGAAUCCAGACUGGUCACUUUACAGUAUGAUUCCAACCCGAUAGAUAGUUUAAAUGAUAGUGACGAUCCUUUGUAUCAGUCAAUUCUGAUUGAGAAAGGGAAAAGAGGAAGGCCGGCCCGUCAAAAGGUAGAAAAACCAGCGACCUACAUACCCAUUUUACCAAGGCCUACAGCCAAUGGUCAAUUGUUGAUCGUGAGAACCUCAGGAAGUUCUGUUUCAAGUGCAUCUCCCCAGACUCCAGAUACCAACAUGACAGCAUCUUCUGUGUCAAGAGACAGCUCUAGCAGUGAGAAGGAUGUCACUCAGUAUCAGAAUGGGGGAGCGGGGGCAUCCCGUAAUUCAUCAGUGGAUAUUGAUGGACCUUUUAAUGUUAAAAUGAACCCCAUAUCUAGCUCACCGAACACAUCUUGCAUGUUUCCUGGCAAUUUGAUCACAAAGACACAAGAGCAACCUUUUGUACAGCUCAGGCCAUCGAACUCGGCGGGCAAUGUCAUGUCUUGGAAUCAUCAUUACCCUUCAAAUUCACAAGGCAAUGAAUCAUCUUACAAUGGUUACCAUGCCAGCUAUGGGGGUGGAGCGGUCAUGCCACAGCAGUAUAAGCCCACGACUACAGCUUCCUGUAUGUCCAGCUUUGCUGCUCCUUUGCAGCCCUGGCCUGAGCCUCCACCCUAUUCCAUUCCUAAUUCUGGCAUGCAGCCCAACAAUUUUGCUGCUGCUAACCAAGCUGUCCAGCAAGCUUCAUCCCCAUAUUCAGGUGGACUCGGGCCACUUGGAUAUAACCCCCAGAGCCUUGCACAAAGUAAUGGAGCCUCACUGUAUAACCCUGUCAACAGCCAAAUAUUUCCUUUCUCUUCAAAUACUUAUUUUAAUACUCAAACUAAAACAACUGGGCAAGAAUGUUCAAGCGUGGUGCCACUGCCAGCUCCACCAGACCCACAAUACAUUACAUCCCAACAUCCUUCUGGAGCCAGCAAUUUUAAUCCUGCUUACUGUUCAAAAAUUAAGACACCACUCAACCCCACUCGUCCUAACGAAAAACCAAAAAUAAACCUUCCACAUCAGAAAAAAAUUAAUUACGUUUCCGAUUGGAUUUCCAAUCAUGUGGCUGACCCGCCUCUAGAUUCAGGCUGCUUUUAUACUAAUGAUCAGAGUUUAGCCUCUUUUCAAGCCCCAAAUCCUUCCAAUAAUUUCCAAGUAAUGGGUGUGUUUGGUGAGGUGUUUCAAAUUCAGACUACAGAACAAGAAAAGCCGAAAAAGAAAGUCUCCAAAAAAGUUCCUACCACCCAAAAUGGAAAAAGCUCGCAAAGAAAUAGAGCCACAAAACGCAAUGAUAGCGGGAAGUCGUCAUCUUCAACUAUGCUCAAAUCUUCUUACAGCCAUGAUCAAUCCAACAGAAUCCCUCAAGCCAAUGGCCCAGAAAGACUUUGUGGCAAUGUAGUUGAAAGGACAAAUGAACUUCCUUUUUAUCCCCAAGGGGCUCGGGAUGCUUCGGGUAGACACCUUGUAACGUCUGCUGCAACUAUCAAUGAGACAGAGAAGGCAAUUAGUGACGCUGACUUGGAAAUCGCUCUGAGUAUCAUUGAAAUGAAGGCCAAUAGCAUUGAAAAGCAUAAAGCUGCUGGUCAGCCCUUGGUUCCAGAAUCGGAGCCCAAGCAAUCGAGUUUAGAUUAUAUUUUAAACUCUUCUGCUUUCUUGGCUGCAGAACCGUUUGUUAUUUCAGCUGGUGGAAUUAAUGGUUUACCAACUAGCCAGCUUGCUGAUUCCUCAAGCUUCGAUAAAUCAAAAUAUCUGACACCCAACGAUAUCAACAGCCUAGAGGCGAAAAAACUUCAGUCAGGCAAGACAAGUUUGGACGAUUACCUGUUUACUUCCCAGACUGGGUUCAAUCCCUCAGGAACAGCUCAAGGGUCAAAAGAGCCAAAUAAUCCUGUGUAUUUAGGACCAACAUUGGUGCCAACAAUGAACAGCAAAGCACUUGCAGCCCCGAUGGUGACUGAGAAUGUCAGCAAGAGCUACUCACAAAUGAAACCAGUGAUUACAAAACUGAGGUCAGAAGAGGCGAAUACUUCCAGCGUAGCUCAGAAGCAGUCAUCUCAUGCACCACAUUUUCAAGUGCCCUCACAAGCUCGUUUCAGCUAUGUACAAAAUUGGAUCAAUGUAAACCCAGUUGAACAGAAUGCACCAUUGCCACUUGUGUCCUCCCAACAGUGCUUUAACAUGUCUUUAGGUAACUCAGUGGUGCCGCCUGCCACGUCCCUGUCCUCACAAUCUCAGUUAGCCAGAGAAUUCAACUCUGGUUGGAGCAACUUGCAAACAGCUCCAACCACAACUAGUCGGCACCCCAUAUCUUCUAGUGAUGCCUCUAUGAUGAGCAUUGAGAAUCCAGACAAUGCGACACAUGACGAUAACCUUUACCCCCAGCAUUUCAGCAACAGCUCAUCCAUGGACGUGGUGGACAAUGUCCAGGCUACUCCUGGAAGUGCUCUUAUUCAAUCAUCCGAAAGAAUGCACUCAAAGACUGCCUGCUCUGCGAAUGCUGAUAGACAGUUGCCUUCAAUGGAUGACAGCUGCUUCAGUGAAAUCAUGAGCUUCCUUGUGCCAGAGAUAUCAGCAAUCUCUUCUAAUUCCAGGCCUCAGGUUCAAAAUUCAACCACAGUUGAUAGUAGAAACAGCUUCCAGAGGAAUGGUAAUCAUGAAUAUUUCCAAGGGCAGAUAAACAAUGCUGUACAUGCAACUUCUGUUCAGAAUUUCUCCACAGGAACACCUGGUCAGUAUCGUUCAUCACAGAACGUGAUGAGCCAGGCAAUCCAAAACACUAACGAUAUCACUUUCCCUCUCUUCUCCCCUGGCUUUGAUGACGAUCUGAUCCUGUCCCCGAGGGGGCCAAGCAGGACAUGUGAAGAGAAAGAUAGAGGAAAAACACCUGCAUCCAUUGCCUCAGCAUCCAUCGGGGCUGCCUCUAUUGCCCCUCCAUCAAUUAUUGAUCAGCAGCCAGCGGAAAUUACUAUCAGCAGUCUGGAGUCCAGCAAAAUUAGUGGCAGCAGUGACUUGUCAAAGUUUUCCUACAGCAGCUUGCCAGAACAAAUGAUGGGAUUUGACAGCGAUGGGGAAACGUGCCUCCACUUUCUGUGUGACAUGCCGUUAGAAAGUUUGGAAGAGUUUAAACGGCAGCCAGGCUUCAGAGAAGCUUUAGAUGUUCAGAACAAGAAGAGGGAGACUGCUCUAUUUAUAGCUGUCAAACGGUCCAACGCGGAAGUGACAGAUUUCUUGCUGUCUUGUGGGGCCAAUCCAAAUAUCUGCUGCUCUAGCCAAAUACAGGGCUUGGGUCCCAUACAACACUGUGCGCUCCACGAAGCUGUGCUGACUGGCAACUUGAAGAUUGUCAAAUCCUUACUCUCUGCAAAGAACAUUGUUGUGGAUUCCAAGGCAUCUUAUGGAGGUCAGACGCCACUAAUGCUGGCCUUAGCAUUGCACAAGAUGAAUAAAAAUAAGGACAUCAUCCUGUGGUUGAUUGAGAAAAAAUCUUCACUGACCAUCCAGGAACUUCAAGGAAGGACACCGCUGAUGUUAGCCAUACAAUCAAGAGAUGUGGCCCUGGUAGAGAGCAUUUUACAUUUGGUGGGUCCAGUGAUGGCGAGAACUCUUGUGACUGCGGCAGACAAAAAAGGUUUGACCUGCCUGCACAUAGCCGCAGGGCUCACUCUGGAGCCCAAUGAGAAGAAGAGGCUUCUGCAGUGUAUAAUUACUGCUGGAGGAGAUGCCUCUGUCAAAAAUGCAGAAGGAGAAACUCCGAGAGAUUGGGCUAAAAAUGAGAUCACUGAAGUUCUACAAAAUUUAGCCAAGGUCAACAAGACUUCAUGAUUUGACUGCUGGGUUGGCAUUUUGAUUUGCGCAUCUGCUGUUAUAUUCUCCAGUAGUGAGCAAGUAAACUCUGACUUGAAAAUUGCUACACUAUACAGACAUAAAUUAUUCAAUAUGAUAUGUAGCCAUUACGUUGUAGCUUUUUAAAAAUGUUGUUUUCAAGACAGAAAAUCGAAUUAAAGAUCUGCUGUAAAGACAUUGAACAUUUUUGUAUUAUUUUUUUUAUUGCCUUGCCAUACAAUGUUAUUAUAAACAUUCCAUUUGCAUUGGAAACUAAAUCUUAAAUAUUCAUUUGUUAUAUAUUUAGCUUAUCAUUCCUAAUCUUGUACAAUUAAUAAAUGUGCAUUUAUCGAACAAAGCCAUAUCAUUGUUGACAGCUCUAGUUAUAAUAAUGUAAUUUUUUAAAAUAUUUUUUUUUACAUUCAUCAUUAUUUCCAAACAUUGUAUCUGUGAUUGCCAAACAUUGUGUCUGUUAUUGCUUUAGAAUAUUUAUGUUAUACAAUGAACAAGACAAGUGUUGAUAAGGGAAGACAUAUUAGGAACUGUAUUUGUUACGUAAACAAGCAGUGUUGCACUAACAGGCUACUACUCAGUAUGUUAAAAUUUCCAAACAUUGUGUCUGUGAUUACCGAAAAUUGGGUCUGUUAUUUCUGAACAUUGUGUCUGUUUUUCGAACAUUGUUGCUAAGAUUUCUGCAGUUCGAAUUUCGAUGCAUUUUUAUACAUUUCUGUUAACAGCUAUUUCUGUUAUCAAUAACAUCAGACAUCUUUUGUGUGCAAAGUUGUUGUUUUUUUAUAUUUGUAUUUUGCCCAAGACAUGGAGACUGAUAUUUUUUAUAAGCACAGUGGAAUAUUUUGUUUAUGCUUUUAGUACUUAAUACAGCCUACUAUCAACUAUUAGUCAUAGUGUUGCACUAUUUGUUGGCAAUCUUGACCAGGAUAUAAACCUGAUGUCUUGGUAGCUAAAGCUCUGCUGUCAUUAAUGCAAUAGUGAAGGACAUUCAAGCUCUACAUUGGCUUAAAUUUUCAGAUAUAAGCUCUGGGUUUUAAACUAGCCCUGAUACCUUGAUUUUUCUUUUAAGUUGAACUGGAUGCAGAUGUCAAAGUUUACUUAACUCUUUAAGGCUAACCUUUCCUACAUGUCUAAAGAAAUAGUUUAACAUCUUGCAUUGCACAUUCAUAGCAUUAAAAAAAAAAUUUGAUAAAACAGUCAGAGCAAUACAAACAUUACCAAAACAUAUUCUUUUGCCUGUGCAUUCAUAAACCAUUUGUUGUGCCACAUCAUUUAAGCUUCAAAUGUGUGAAUUAAAACAGGUAGAACAUCUUUCAGCUUCCCAUUAUAACAAGAUCAGUGAGAAUCUGAAUUCCUCCCCCUUCAUAGCACACAGAGCUACAGGGAAUUCACUUCAAAAGAUAGAAGUAUUUGGGAUUCAUACAUGUUAUAAAAAAUAAUAAUAAUUAUCUUCAUUGUAAUUAAAUUAUAAUAAAUUUAUACAGCGCUACUUUCAUGCUUAUGCCAUGCUCAGAGCGCUAUGGUCCAAUCUCAUUUGUGGACCAGUGGGAGGAGGGGGUAUCUGGGAGAAGGUUUUUCUGUGCUUCCUUAAGGUGCUCAGUAAACACAACUCUGCUUGAGUUGGGUGUCAAACCUCAAGCCCCCUUCAUAGGUGGUCAAGCCAAGUUAAAGCGUACUUAGCCUUUCGACCAUACUUCCCAUGAAUUAAGGAAAUAUGUCUUCCACAUAAAAAUACAUUAAACAUAACAAUGCAUAACAUAUUACAAUGCAUUACUAUAAUGAUAGCAAUCAUAAUAUAUAUUACCAAACAAAAAGUACAUUCACAGCAGAGUUCCACUCAAACUUAACAUGUGAGGUUUAACUCUGAAAAUUGGAAUUUAUUCAAUUAUUUUAUUUGCAAGGGAACAAAAGAGUUCUAGAGUCUUGUUUUAUUGUUUUGUGUUUUCUUUGUAAACUGUGUAUUGUAUCUUCUCUAUGAUGGUAAAAUGUUAAAAUUGAGACCGAAAGGGUGACCACCGCCAAUCAAGUUAUUAAAAGCAUGUUAUGAAGUUAAUUUGUAUGUUUUAUUGUUAAUGUUGAGCUUGCCAUGCCAGGCAAUGAUGUUGAAACUUUAAAUACUUCAGAUAUUAGCUUUUGGUAAAACAUUGACAAUGAUUUUUCGCUAACGCUAAAUGAGAACAUUUUCCUUAGUAGUUUUUAUCUGUGCUGUCGGUGAUAAGAAUCUGAUAUAAUUGGGUUUUAACGCACACCCAUAUGUACAUUUAUUUAUAGCUUUUGUAUAUAUAUUUAUAUUUAUAAUUUACUAUCACUCUUUAAUCCUGAAUUAUGUUUUACAAAGUUCAGCUUUUAACUCUUUCUCUCCUGAUUAACGAUUCCAUCUUUGAUUUGACGUCAUUAAAUUAACUUAAUUUUUGGGUUCAUAAACUUUAAUUGGUGUUAUAUAAAAUGGGCAUACAUUUAUCUAUACCACUUAUAACAUUUUCUGAAUAAAAGAAAAAUGUUACUGAAGUUUAACCCUAACAGGCUAGUGAAAUACAAAUGGAAAAAAGGAUUAAUUCCUUCUGAACAUGGAAAAUAAUUAUGGAGAGAUGGAGUUAAAAAAAUGUUUUUUGGAGCUGAAGACUUUGAAACCAAAGGCUAGUCAUGUACAUAGAUGCAUAAGUAAACUUAUAUGACUCUUUCUCUUGACUUUAAAAGUGACCUUACUAUUUAAAAUGAUUUGUACAUUUAACUGGCCUUCUUUUUACAUUACCUCUAUUCAACUCAUAACUUCAUGGAGGGGAUGAAACCUUCUGGGUGGGUGGAAAAAAUGACUAGGUUGACACAUGAAAUGCAUUGGACGUAAUUAUCUUCUUUUUGAAGUAACAUCUGCAAUAUAUAAGAUACAAGUAAAACCUGGACACAGAUUAUGAAAAAAGCUCUAACAUUUUUACUAGAAAUUUGACAGUGGAUGUAUAUAGUUGGGAACAGUAUAACUAGCUCAUUGGACACACUGGGAAAACUCUAGUUUAAUAUAUUAAUGUUCAGGAACAUUCUGUUCAUUCUCUAAGUCUAGAUCUAAAGGCCUAUUAAUUGGAAUUUUUAUAAAGUCUAGUACAUCCGCAAAACCAGGAUUAUUUCUUUUGGGUGGGGGAGGUCCUUUUUGUUUUUCUAAUCUAACAUUCUUUGGGUCAGGAUUUUUUUUAUUUUACCAUCACAGACACCGAUAGCAAAGACAAACAGACACAAACACUCUUUUGUUCCCCUGGCAAUCAAAUCAUGAAACAGAAACAAUCUGGUAUAAACUUUUUACAUGUAAGUUAUGAGUGAGUCUGGUGUGAAUGUACAUUUUGUUUUUUUUCUAGUUACAAUGUUUUGUUUGGUGUAAUGCACAAAUUGUAAGACAAAUUUCCUUACGGAAAAUAAAGAUUAUUAUUAUUAUUCAUUAGUGAUUAAAAGAAUGAUGAUCACUCUAUAAUAUUUAUAAAGGAGAUAUUGUCUUUAACUCUUUCUCUCCUAACCAACGAUACAAAUGUUGAUUCCAUCAGAAUGUUGUAAAUAAUUAUGGAGAGAAAGAGUUUAAAAAAUAAUUUGUAUGUUUUUCUUGUUUUGUUUUUUUAUUUGUGGUCUUGAUCUAAUUUGAAGCAUUUAUGAAAUAAAAUGAAAUGUAGACUAAACAUUUCUAGCUCAAGAUUUCACUCCAGCUUAGCUGAGCAACUAAAGGCAGCAUGGUAACUGGUUUCUAUCUCUUCAAGUCAAAUAUCUGUUGUUAAAUGAAGGUAUCAACUGGUCUUACUGCAAAUACAAAAGAAGUGAAAGUUUUUUAAUUUUUUUUUGCAAAUUGACAGUAAUGGCUGGUUCAAAGCCCCAAUGGGCAGGUGUUGGUGCUAACGACUUCACCCUAUAAAAUUACAAGUGCUUUAGAAAUGGCAAACUUCAAAAGUAGAGAUAAAUCAGUAAUGGAUGAAUGCAGUUUUGUCAUUAUUUUUGUUUCCAAUUAUAAAUAUGUUUUGGAGGAUCACUCUAUAUUAAUUUCAUUAUUCUCAAUGUUUGUAUAAAAUAAUGACCAUAAGCUCAAACUGGAGUAAGUUUUUAUUUUUAAAAGCUUUUAUAAAUCUUUGUAAAUAUGCUUCCUGCAUGUACUCCUUUCAUUUUUUUUUCAAAUAUACAUUUAUACAACCAUUCCCAUCAUGCAGAUUUACAUUGGUAGAUAAUCCCGGUGCUGAAAUGGAAUGAAGAGCUCCCGGUCCAAGCUGCGGAGGUCAGUAGUAGUCAAACUGAAUUUCCAUUUGAUUGGACCAAUAAAAAUUAUCCUAUCUUCGUUGGAUAAAAGCUUUUCCAAUGAUCAAUGGGGUGAUGGCUCCCUAGGUGCCGAUUCUAUACUGGACUUUAUCAAAGGUGCUGAAAUGAGAUUUGAAUGAACUAGACAGUCUUACAGGAAAUAACUUUGCUUGGAACAUAUUAUAGUUUUGAAAAAAACAACAUUCAUUGGUGAACAUACCGUACUACUAUUUAAAGAAAAUGUUCUAACAUCUGAACACAAGAUAUGGCACCAAAUGUAAAUAUAUUGAGGAUCUGUAUAAAUGACUUUUAAGAUUUAGAUACAAAUUUCUGUAUUAUUUGCCUGGAACAUAAUCAUAUUCUUAUCAUAUGACUUUGUGCAUUGUUAAUUUUGAGUUCUGUUUUGACAUUAUAUUUUAAAGUUUUAAAUUUGUUUCAUUAUUUUGAUUGGCUGUUACAGAUUGGGGAGGAUGUGGAUAAAAGAUCUAACCAUUAUUGAAACAUUCUGCACUCAUAUUCACACUAACACUUUCCAGCAUAUAUAUUGUUUAUUACCACUUUUUACAUGAUUAGUCCCAAUCUGUUUUUAUAAAUUUCUUUUUUGAAGUCCCAUCUCUAAGGUAAUGAGUUAUUGUUCUUGUCUUCCAACUUUGUUGUAGAUGUUAAUGUCUAUAUUCUUAUCAUAUAAUGUCUUAAAUGAGAAUAUCCACAAUAUCCAGUGAUAUAAGAUUGGUUGGUACACCUGUGAAUAUUUUUAUUCUUUUAGUUUAUCUUCACUUUACCUGUAUUUAUGCAGUAAUUUUUUUUUUUUUUAUUCACUAUACUAAGGUCUUUAUUUUUUGUUUGUAUGUUUCUGUAUUUAUUUGUAUUUUAAAAAUAAACACAUACAUUGCUUGACAU